AUCGGUGAUAAAAAACAAAAACGGAGUCUAUUGCAGUGUUGGACCUGUUGGUAGUUCAUCGGUGUCACAAGAGAGUGCGGGAGAUGUGAACUCAGUGGUGCGAACGAAUCAUAUCUCCGACCGAUGAUGUCCGACCUAACGCAGACUUGAAAAAAAGGAUAUUACCAAGAUCGAAAGACCCAUCCCUCCCUUCUGCAACUGCCAAAAUAUAGGAUAAAUAUGGAACAAUCUUCGCCGGAAAGGUUGAUAUUGGUAGAUCGGGAACCGACGGGAAUCGCCUUCGUGACGAUCAACCGUCCGAAAUCCCUCAAUUCGCUCACGAGAUCGAUGAUUGCGGAUCUGGCAAGGGCUUUCAAGAGCUUGGACCAGGAUGACUCAGUGCGGGUAAUUGUCUUGUCGGGGUCUGGGAGGGCGUUCUGCUCCGGGGUGGAUUUGACGGCUGCAAAUGACGUCUUUAAGGGAGAUGUGAAGGACGUCGAAAUUGAUGCAGUGUAUCAGAUGGAGAACUGUCAGAAACCGAUCAUCGGUGCCAUUUCCGGUUUCGCCGUUACCGCGGGAUUCGAGAUUGCCCUCGCCUGCGACAUUUUGAUCGCUGCAAAAGGAGCCAAAUUCAUCGAUACUCAUGCCAAGUUUGGUAUAUUUCCUUCGUGGGGUCUUUCUCAGAAAUUGUCACGCAUGAUAGGACCAAACAAAGCUCGUGAAGUGUCUCUAACAGCCAUGCCCAUAAGUGCAGAAAUGGCAGAGAGGUGGGGGCUGGUGAACCAUGUAGUUGAAGGAAGUGAAUUGUUAAACAAAGCACGGGAAGUUGCAGAAAACAUAAUAAAAAACAAUCAGGACUUGGUUUUGAGGUACAAGGCAGUCAUAAAUGAUGGCCUCAAACUAGACUUGGGUCAUGCACUUUCACUAGAGAAGGAAAGAGCUCAUAGCUAUUACGAUGGAAUGACUAAGGAGCAGUUUGAGGAAAUGCAGAAAUUUAUAGCUGGUAGGAGUUCAAAGAAACCUUCUUCCAAGAUGUAGGUCUACUAAUUUACUUGUUUUUCUUAUUUUCAUGAGAGAGAGAUAGAGAGAAGACAUAAAAAAGUAUACUGAAUUUUCGUGGAAUAACUAAACUUGAAAUGGCCCUAAAUACGCAAAGCUCUUGAAGUGCUUUCUUCUUUCCUCUCUCUCUCUCAAUUAUGGCAUAUGAUUGCUUCAGAACAAAAUAAAGUGUACUAUUUUAAUUGUUGUUACAA